AUGGAUGUGAAUCACUUGAUCAACGAACAUUAUGCUCCAUUACUGAUAGAUGCUGGCCAGCAGAGCAGCCACUCUCGCCAUAGAGAAAUGGCUGCCCAGGCGGUUCGUAAACAACCCGAUGAGUCAAAUGAGGCCGGCUCUAUGGCUGCGCCCUCUGUCCCUUUGAAGUUACCGAUCCCCAGAUUACGCAACUCUACAUCCUAUGUGGCCCGCCGCAUAACCUGUGCCUGUUCUUCUUGCCGUGCGAGUAAAACCAGGUGUACAGGAGAAAGCCCACGGUGCCAACGCUGUGCUUUGCUGCACUAUGAUUGCCAAUAUCCAGAAAAGAAGUCGCUUGAGAUGCAAAGGAAGCUCGCGCAGGUGUUGAGUGAGGCACAUGAUUACAAAAACGUUCUGCGACUCUUGCUCAAGAGUGUCAAUGUCCAAGAUGCUGAAUUGAUCUCUGCUGUCCUCUCUAAGUAUAACCACGGCCAUGAUCUGAUUGCCAAGAGCACAAGUGAACCCGGCUCCUUGUCUACUGCUGAACCGGUGGAAGCCGAUCCAGUUUGA